CAAAGAUUCUGGUGUGUCAAAGGAGUGAUAUUCUGUCAAAUCAUUUCUCAAAACGACGUUUACAACAAAAGCUAACCAAAUAUCAGAAACACAGAACUGAGAUAUUAAGGAACUAACAAUGUGUGCUCUACUGCUACUGGCUGUAUUUCUCUACGGCGUAAUCAACACCAAUGGACAAUGCCUUAAACCCGAUUGUCAGUUUGUGGACCCUUCUGGCCGUGAGCUAAAUUGUACCCUACUGAAAUGGCCAAACUGCAAAAAUACAGUGAAUUUGAGUAACAAAGGCAUUGAGUAUGUUGAAAUACAGACAAAUACUACUUUUCAGUCCCUUGUAAAUCUGGAUAUAUCUAACAAUAAACUUACACAUCUCCCUGAACACUUUCUUUACAACGCCUUUGCUCUGAAAGAAAUCAACCUCAGUAACAACAUGUUGAAAAGUUUACCCGAAAAUUUUCUAAGAAACUCUUCAAAGUUGGAAAAUAUAAGACUUGAAGGAAAUCAGUUAUCAUUCAUUCCGUCAAGCAUUUUUCAUCGUGAUCUUGUCAAUAUAACUACUGACUGUAACUGUAAAAUUGCAGGAACAUUAAUCCAGGACAAAUCUGACCUCUGUAAUAAUAUGACUAAAUGUCCAAGUAUUACAUGCCAAACAGCAUCAGGUUCUUCAAGUGUGGAUGAUUACUACAAAAAGGAAUGUGGAUAUCUUUUAAUAUUAUAUAUUGCAAUUCCUAUAGUGAUUUUGGUUCUGGUUAUAGGAGGAGUGAUCUUGUUUGUUUGCAAAAGGAAGAGAAAACAUUCUGAUUUUGAAAGUAAGAGUGUAACAGACAAGUCACCUGCUCAUAGUCAGCCACGUUACAUGACCAGAAAUGUGGAUAGCGUGCCUACAGCUUCAAAAAGUAAUCCAAGACAAGACUAUGAGAAUGUUGUUAUUGGGUACAUGCAGCCUGAGCAAGCAUUAUCUUACGAGUAUCCCAACAAGUCCAAAAGCCAAGGCACAAACAGCAAUAACAUGAUGGAAGAAAUAUAUUUGGAAAGUGAUGUCAAUGAUCAGCCCAUUUAUAACAAUACUCAGGAUGUCUAUUACAACUACACAGACCAUGGUCCAAUAAAUAAAGAAGAAGAGGAUGUGUAUAUUGUGCCAGAUCAGUAAUACCAGGAAUCUCUACUUAACCUGGAAAGUUGUUCUUGUUCCAGAGAUAACAUCCUAUAAAUUCUGUGUGUCAAUGUGCAUAUUAUAGAAAGGGAGAAGGCUGAUUGUCUGUCUGGACACACAGAUUAAGAGACUAGAGGAACAACUGGGGAUGAUUCUGAAACACCUUGGCACAGUCUAAAAGGCACAUGAUAUCUUUCUCACUCCAUUGUCACCCAAUAACACCAGUGUUACUGUUAAUACCUGGGACAGUGAAAAAAAUAAAAAUAUCCCAAUGUAAGAUGAGAUGAUACGUUCCAUCAAUGCAAAAUCUAACUGCUCAGCUAAGUUUAUUGCAUUGUAAGACAAUAUGAGCUAAAAUAUGAUAUUGCCUUAAGGGGGAAUGUUUAUAUUUAACAAGCUAAUUUGGUAUAUUUCAAAUCCAACCCAAGUUUGCUCUUUUGCUUUCUCCUUGAGAAGGUAUUCUGUAAAAUUUAGCCUGGUUCUCUCUUUAUUUUUCUUGGUUUUUAUAUUAUGUUCUGAUAAUAUGUAAGUCAUUAGAAAAAAAUCAUGUAAACAUAUAUUUUGAUCUUGAGUAACUAUCUUAGUUGAAUGUUUUGGUGUUAAUUAAUAAUUAUUACAUGACCCAGCAGAACUAGUUAGUAUUGAUAUUGCAAUAAAAUUACAACUGCCUAUUUAUGUGAUUUACCCUGCAUUCUCAAAGGGACAGUAAAGUAAAAAUUAAACUUUCUUGAUGUAUAUUGACCAUGUGAUUAAAAACAACUUUCCAAUUUACUUCUGUUUUCAAAUUUGAUUUGUUCCUUUGAUUAAAGAGUAAAGCUUAAUAGGGAGAUAGAAGCUCAGGAUUGCGCCCCUGUCUUUAACAGUUUUUGCAGCAGUGUAUCUAUUUACAAUGUUGCAAACACUGCUGCCAGAAGGCUAGACACAUGUGCAUGCUCCUGAGCUCACCUAGGAUUACUCUUUAACAAAGGAUAUCAUGAAAACUAAGCAAAUUGAUAACAGACAUAAAUUGGAAAGUUGUUUAAAAUUGCAUGCUCUAUCCAAUCAACUUAAGUUUAGUUUUGACUUUACUGUCCCUUUAAAGCAUAACUGUGAUAGUACAAAUGAUGUAAUACUGUUUCACUCUAACACUGUAGAUUUGAUUUAGUUGUUAAUAAUGUUUAGUCAUUAUUUAAGGGGUUGUUAUAAGAAUUACUCAUUACUGUGUCUCUCAAUUACUGUUAAACAUAGGACAAGUCAAAGAGCACACUACUUCCAAUUAUAUAUUUUUUUACAAGGUAUACCAAUACAUUUAUUGGGUAUAAGAAAUAAUGCAUACAUCAUAUUACUUAAAGGGACACUGAACCCAAUUUUUUUCUUCCAUGAUUCAGAUAGAGCAUGCAAUUUUAAGCAACUUUCUAAUUUACUCCUAUUAUCAAAUUUUCUUCAUUCUCUUGCUAAUUUUAUUUGAAAAAGAAGGCAUCUAAGCUAUUUGUUUGGUUCAGGACCAUGGAAAGCACUUGUUCAUUGGUGGAUGAAUUUAUCCACCAAUCAGCAAGAACAACCCAGGUUGUUCACCAAAAAUGGGCCGGCAUCUAAACUUACAUUUUUGCAUUUCAAAUAAAGAUACCAAGAGAAUGAAGAAAAUUUGAUAAUAGGAGUAAUUUAGAAAG